AUGACCAUCCCGGAAGAGGUGGAUAUCAUCAUCUGUGGUGGUGGCAGUGCCGGCUGCGUACCAGCCGGCCGUCUAGCCAACCUCGACCAUAACCUCUCGGUUCUCUUGAUCGAAGCUGGUGAAGAUAACCUGAACAAUCCAUGGAUCUACCGCCCCGGUAUCUAUCCCCGGAACAUGAAGCUGGACUCGAAGACCGCUUCAUUUUAUCAUUCACGACCAUCGGAGCACCUUGACGGUCGGAAGGCUAUUGUUCCAUGUGCGAAUAUUCUUGGAGGAGGGAGCUCGAUAAAUUUCAUGAUGUAUACUCGGGCUUCUGCUUCGGACUAUGAUGACUGGCAGGCAAAGGGCUGGCGUACGAAGGAGCUUUUACCAUUGAUGAGGAAGCACGAAACUUACCAACGUGCAUGCAACAACAGGGAACUUCACGGUUUCGAUGGUCCCAUCAAGGUCUCAUUUGGGAACUAUACGUACCCUGUUAUGCAGGAUUUUCUACGAGCGGCAGAGUCUCUUGACAUCCCAGUCACGGAUGACCUGCAAGACUUGAAGACUGGGCACGGCUCUGAGCACUGGUUGAAGUGGAUCAAUCGUGAUACUGGCCGUCGAAGUGACGCUGCUCACGCAUACGUUCACAGCACUCGAAGCAGACAUUCCAACCUACACUUGAAGUGCAACACUAAAGUGGACAAGGUCAUUAUCGAAGGUGGCAGAGCAGUCGGAGUCGCAACUAUACCAACCAAGCCCUUGGACGGCCGUAACCCACCCCGCAAGAUCUUCAGAGCCCGCAAGCAGAUCAUUGUUAGCAGCGGUACUAUGGGCUCUCCCCUCGUCCUUCAAAGAUCUGGAAUUGGUGAUCCUGAGAAGCUCCGGGCAGUUGGGGUCAAGCCAAUUGUGGACCUGCCUGGCGUGGGCCGCAACUUCCAGGAUCACUACCUUACUUUCUCUGUCUACCGGGCUAAGCCUGAAACCGAGUCGUUUGAUGACUUCAUCCGGGGAGACCCUGAAGUGCAGAAGAAGGUGUAUGAUGAGUGGAACUUGAAGGGCACCGGUCCUCUAGCCACGAAUGGCAUUGAUGCUGGUGUGAAGAUUAGGCCGACGCAGCAGGAAUUGGAGGAAAUGAAGAGGUGGCCUACGUCUGAUUUUGUGAAAGGAUGGGAGUCCUACUUUAAGGAUAAGCCAGACAAGCCUGUUAUGCAUUAUUCAAUUAUUUCUGGAUGGUUCGGUGAUCAUAUGCUCAUGCCACCGGGCAAGUUCUUCACCAUGUUCCAUUUCUUGGAAUACCCUUUCUCUCGUGGAUUUACCCAUAUCCAAUCCUCAGACCCAUACGAGAACCCUGACUUUGAUGCUGGAUUUAUGAAUGAUAAACGCGACAUGGCUCCCAUGGUCUGGGGUUACAUCAAGUCUCGAGAGACGGCCCGCCGGAUGAAUGCGUAUGCUGGAGAGGUGACCGGUAUGCACCCCCACUUCAAAUACAAUUCUCCGGCUCGCGCAUUUGACCUCGACCUUGCGACUACCAACGCCUAUGCCGGACCGAAUCACCAUUCAGCUGGUAUUCAGCAUGGUUCCUGGUCACACCCUCUGGGACCGGGAGAGCAGCCUGCGUCGACUUUCCUCAAUUCUCACAAGCAGGAGACCCGAGCACCGCUUAAUUACAGCGCGGAUGAUCUCGAGCAGAUUGAAAAAUGGGUUCAACGUCACGUAGAAACCACAUGGCACUCGCUGGGCACUUGCAGCAUGGCACCCAGGGAGGGUAACUCGAUUGUCAAGCACGGUGUUGUCGACGAUCGUCUGAACGUUCACGGUGUAAAAGGUCUCAAGGUCUGCGAUCUGUCUAUCUGUCCGGAUAACGUAGGCUGCAAUACGUUCAGUACUGCUCUACUCAUCGGCGAGAAAUGUGCGGUUCUCACCGCGGAGGAUCUGGGCUACUCAGGCUCUGCUUUGGAGAUGAGGGUGCCUACUUACCAUGCUCCGGGAGAAGUCGUGAACCUGGCACGCCUGUGAAUGGCAUUAGCUGCAUAUGCUUCUAUAAUUGUUAUGAUUUUUACGCAUUUGUUCUCUAAUUACCUGUCUUCUGUGUUGCUUGGAUAUAGUCAAGCCAGAUUAUGUAUGGCAAACCUUUCUCAUGAUAUUGAAAUGCC